UCUGCAGUUCCUUCCUUCAUGCACGUUUUGAGGAAGGUAGCGUUUUGGGAGCGUUUUAAUUGGCGCGCAUCCCCAGCAAGUUUCACAUUUGUGUCUGUUUUUUUUCUUCUCUCUCUCUCACUCUCUCUCUUCUUCCACGCUCUGUGGUCUGAUUCGCCAGGCUACCGUCACGUUGAGCCACGAGCAAACUAAAGUUUAGUUGCUUGGUAAAAGAUUGCCAUCCAGGGGCCGGCGCAGUUGAGUCUUGAAAUGAUUCUUGUUCCGCCACAGAGAGAGGGAGAGGGAGGGAGAGCGAGAGAGAGAGAGAUAUUCUCUCAUUAUGUUAGCUGUGGUACCCCAGCAUGCUACAGCUUUCUUAUGUUGAUACCACACAUGGUAGGAGGAGCUGUGAGUGCGUAGAAGGCGUCAGAAGUCCCGAUUUUCCAACUUGCAUCUCGCAGGACCUUUUUUUUUCUAGACAGCUCUAUGCAAAAGAAAAACUUCUACAAGCAAGUAAACAGCGGAUGAGUCCGCUCGGAGCUGAGAACGCCCACCCAGGCAAUCUGCCGGUGCGUGGCUCCGGUUCGCCCAGUUCCACAUUAUAUAUAUAUAUAUAUUUUUUUUUUGUAAAGCCUUGGGAAAAAAAAAAGGUGUCCUGAUUCGCGCACAGAAGCGCACUAUCACUAACCAUGUCGUAUCCUCAGGGUUACUUGUACCAGCCGUCAGCCUCGUUAGCUCUUUACUCGUGCCCGGCUUACAGCACCAGCGUCAUUUCGGGACCCAGGACGGAUGAACUUGGUCGGUCUUCGUCGGGGUCAGCCUUCAGCCCCUACGCCGGUUCGACCGCCUUCAGCGCCCCUUCCCCGGGCUACAACAGCCACCUCCAGUACAGCACCGACCCGGCCGCUGCCUUCACCUCCUACGUGGGAUCUCCCUAUGAUCACACUACGGGCAUGGCUGGAUCUAUAGGAUAUCAUCCGUACGCUGCCCCUCUAGGCUCUUAUCCUUACGGCGACCCGGCUUACCGGAAAAAUGCCACCAGAGAUGCCACCGCCACCCUCAAAGCCUGGCUGAGCGAGCACAGGAAGAACCCUUAUCCCACCAAAGGCGAGAAGAUCAUGCUGGCCAUCAUCACCAAAAUGACCCUGACCCAAGUGUCCACCUGGUUCGCCAACGCCCGGCGGAGGUUGAAGAAAGAGAACAAGAUGACUUGGACCCCGAGAAACAGGAGCGAGGACGAGGAGGAGGAAGAGAACAUUGAUCUGGAGAAAAACGACGAGGAUGAACCGCAAAAACCUUUGGAGAAAGAAAACUCGUCGGAGCCAGAGUCAGGGGAGCAGAAAAACGUGGUAGAAAUUGCUUGCGAGAGGUUUCAGGAACAAGACCUCGGUAAAGAGAGUGAGCAGAUCCUGAGCGAUUCGGAAUUUAAAGAUUCGGAGGAAAAAGAGACCCUUCACUCGCCCAAAGCUACUACUUCAGCCCUGACUCUUCCUCAUCGAACGGAGCUCCGACGCGAAAGCCACGACUCCGACUUGGAAAAUACACAUACAAACCUAGUCCAUACUCUUGCCAGCGACACGCCGAGCUGCACUGUGACUUCAGUCAUUCACUCGCCCCCGGCUGCAAGCUCCAAGCCCAAACUGUGGUCUUUAGCGGAGAUCGCCACCUCGGACAAGUCGAAAGAACACAACGAGCAGCAGCCGAGCGCUUGCUCGGGCCACGGUUGCGCUGUGUCCGCCAGCGCUGCAUCGCCGAGCCGUUCACCUUGCCCCUACCCGAACAGCGCCGUGUUGGGCCGGCCCCUCUACUACACCUCUCCCUUCUACACGGGCUACACGAACUAUGGCACUUUCGGACACCUUCACAGCCACCACGGAGGUAGCAGCACAAAUCACUUCAGUUCUAAUGGAUUAAGUCAGACUGUCUUAAGCAGAGCAGAAGUAUUGGCAAAACUGUGUCCAGAAUCUAAAACAAAGAGCCCGGCGCCACUAGACCAGUGUAAGGACGCGUCGCCUUAUGAAUUGAAGAAAGCUUCUGUGGAACCGCAGUCAAAAUCCGAGCGGCCUAAUUUAAAAGAUCAACAGAUUGGGAAAUCAAAUAUUAAUGACGGACCAUCUGAUUAUUUCGCCACAGAAUAGGGGAAAACAAAAAAAGGCUUAUUUUUAGUGGCAAUUAAAUUGAAGAUGUCAGUCCCAUCUUCCUCAAUUGAAUUUAGAUACAGAGCCUGUUUAACGACAGUGCAAUUCUGCCCGAACUAUGGGUGGUUUAAGGUUAUUGAAUGGAAAUGAGCUCAUGUAAAUUUCGUACUUGGCACGUAUAUAUAUUUAGUUAACGCCUAAUUGCCUGUGGUAUUUGUAUUUCUGGGUCCUGUGCUUCAGAGAUUCAGAAAUUUUUCCUAACAAUUGCAUUGUUAACUUAUCACAAUCUAGAUGGUUCCACAAAUAAGAUGAAUAAAAUAUAUAUUUUUAAUAUCGCAGUCAGUUCCACUGGAUGAAGUUUAACGUUGCUGCCAUUAUAACCAAUUAGACAUAUACAGAAUUACUUGUCAUUAGUCUAUGAUUAAUUCAGAACCUAAACAUUUUCAGGUGCAGCACACAGUCACACACGCACGGACACACAGACGCA